AUGAUUGAAACUGUUUUGACACCUUCAGAAAUUGCAAACAAUGCUCUCCAGGCUACACUUGAGACUGUACAAUCGCUGAUGAAGCGUUGUUUGAAAUUAAAGGAAAGUGAUCCAGGAAUGCUGAUGUUAUCAGAUGAGAUCACCAGACGCCUGGCAAAAGAUUUGAAGCUUUAUGGGGGGAGCGCUACAUCGUUCUCCCCUCAGCUGCUAUCAUGUGCUGCUGUAGUACAGGAGCACUCCAAGGCCAGCAUCUUUGUGUCAUUGCCCAACUGGAAGACUGUCAUAGAUGACGACCCAUGCAUUAAGAGUCCCCCGCGGUUCCACAAGACCGUGGACUACUGCCCCUCCACCUUUGCUGAACCCUAA